CAAUACUAAAGUACAUCAAUUUAACCCUUGUGACAAUAUUCAUUGUACAGAAGAUUAAUCAUUGGAUUCAACACAGUACCAGUACUUAUAGCACGUCACAGAAAGAACAGUGUUUCAAGAUCAUGUCAGAAGAAAAGGAAUUAGAAUUGAAGAAGUUGUCUACAGAUGUCGAGGCAGCGUAUGAAAGAAUAAAAUCAUUCAUCUAUAAGACGCCUUUGAUGUUCUUCAAACAAAUAAUCUAGAAACUGGAGCAAAUGUAUAUCUAAAACUAGAAAGUGAACAAGUGACUGGUUCGUUUAAAAUACGGGGAGCAUUCAACAAAAUUCUUCUGCUGAAAGAGCGGGAACCGGAAAGUCUGUCGAAAGGAAUCGUGACGGCAUCAACAGGAAAUCAUGGAAUAGCCUGUAUGCACGCGGGUAAAACAUGUGGAUGUUCUGUCGAGGUAUAUUGCCAGGAAACUGUUUCUCAAUCCAAAAUGGAGACCUUGCUAUUGUAUGGAGCUAAAGUUUCACGACAUGGCAAGGACUGUGUAGAUGCCGAGCUGAAAGCAAGACAGACAGCAAAGGAAAGAGGGCAAGUUUAUCUGUCUCCAUACAAUGACUGGGACGUUAUGACAGGUCAAGGAACUGUUGGUUACGAGAUUUAUUCAGAGCUACCGGAAGUUGAUUUCGUUCUGGUAUCAGUAGGAGGUGGCGGGCUUAUAGGUGGAACAGCGGCGUUUUUGAAGGACAGAAAUCCAAAAAUCCAGGUAAUUGGUUGCCAACCAAGAAAUUCCAAAGUUAUGUUCGAAUCCGUGAAAUCAGGGCAUAUCCAACAUGAACCAUCAUAUGACACACUGUCAGACGGAACUGCUGGUGACAUAGAGGAUGGAUCGGUAACAUUUCCAGUAUGCAGCAAAUUUGUCGAUGACUGGAUUCUUGUUGAUGAGCAACAGAUAUCUGAUGCUGUUUUCUUCAUGUUGGAUAAACAUCAUAAGAUGAUUGAAGGGUCUGCAGGCGUGGUGGUUGCAGCGUUUCUAGAUAAGAAAGAACGGUUUAAAGGAAAGAAUGUAGCGCUAGUCAUCUGCGGGGGAAAUAUCAGUUCUGUGACAUUACAAUCUAUUUUAAAUAGCCAUAUUAAAGCCGAGUGAGAAAAUUUCAUCUUGAGAAGAUCCUGUCAAACCUUUACGGAUGCCAGAUCUUCAAAGGUCAACGGAAGCACUUGUUCUAAUUUGUAAAUAGGUUUUGUCGGCCACCAGAUGUUCACAUGAUAUAAGAUUAAUUAAAUUUCAUAUGAAAACUUUUUACUAUACAAUAAAAUCUGCUGUUACAUUUUCACGACAAACUGCUUAAUUUUUGUAUAAUUUCUUUGCAUGUUUAUUGCUUUUAAUUUUAUUAUUCUUGCCGAUAUGUAGAACAUAUGUUAGAUAAUA